CCGAGGAUCCGCCACCGCGCAGGAUGGUCCGCACACUGUAUGCCAUCGGUGCCUUGUUUCUUCUGAUGGGAUUUCUGCUUCCAGCAGCCGAAGGGAGAAAGAGGAAUCGUGGAUCUCAAGGUGCUAUCCCUCCUCCUGUCAAGGAUCAGCCCAAUGAUUCAGAGCAGAUGCAGACGCCGCAGCAGUCAGGCUCCAGGAACCGAGAGCGAGGAAAAGGCACCUCGAUGCCUGCUGAAGAGGUGCUGGAGUCCAGUCAGGAGGCGCUGCACAUCACUGAGCGCAAGUACCUAAAGCGGGAUUGGUGCAAAACCCAGCCCCUCAAACAAACUAUCCACGAAGAAGGCUGCAACAGUCGCACCAUUAUCAACAGGUUCUGCUAUGGCCAGUGCAAUUCCUUCUAUAUCCCCAGGCACGUCCGUAAAGAAGAAGGCUCCUUCCAGUCUUGUUCCUUCUGCAAGCCCAAGAAAUUCACCACCAUGACUGUUACACUCAAUUGCCCCGAGCUUCAGCCCCCAAGAAAGAAGAAAAGAAUCACCCGAGUUAAGGAGUGCCGGUGUAUAUCUAUUGACUUGGACUAAACUGAGAAAAAGUAGCAAUUGCACUCUUGACUGUAUGCAAUCACUGCCAGCGUGAGAGUGAGUGGCAUGAACUAGCCUACCUUCAAGGCUGGGCAAAACUGAAAGGGACCUAGAGAAUUACCUAAAACAAGCAAAACCCCCCAAAAAGAAAGGAAACAAUCAUGUAAGGAAAGGGCAUGCGCGCGCGUGUGUGUGUAUAGGGGAGAAAAUUGAUAUGGAUGAGCAAAUGCACGAAUGUUCACUACAAAAAAAAUGUAACGGGGGUGUGAGGCAUUAAAAACCCCUAAUUACCCAUAGUCAUGGAUUAGGUUUCCUAAUUCAUGUGUAUAUUCACAUUUUUGCCGCUUGCUGUGGCUUUUGCGAAUGUUCACCUUUGUGCUAUUUGCUUUUACUGUAUUAGUGAAACAUCAAAGUGAGAGGACAAUAUAUUUCAAAGCAUGAAGCUAUUCUUAUAUAAGAAAUAGACAAAGAGCAAUUUAAAAUGUAGCACAGCCAUCACUGAAAAUAGAAGCUGUGUCGAGAGUUUGUAACACGCUUCUUCAAAAAAAUAGCUGUAAUCCAAAAGCCAUGUCUGGAGAACAAUGGGGGGAUGUGGGAGUGCUGAAAAGUCAAUAUAGGUGGUUGGGAAACAGAUCUACAGCAACUUAGAAAGCCAAAGGUCAAAGCAAGUAGACAGGGAGGGUGCAAAAGGGAGUAGAAAAAGGAAAGAUACAUAAACAGGAAAACACAGAGGAAGAGAUAUUGUCUUCUGUUUACGUUUUGCUUUAAUUUAUAUACUUAGUCAUAUAUUACAUAAAUUAAGAAGAAAGUAUAUACCAGGCUAUAAAUAUACUUCUGAAUUCUGAUGGCUCUCUAAACAAAACAAAAGCCCAUUCUUAUGCCACUAGAUCCAUUUGAUGCCUUGUAUUUCUGAUAUCAGUUAUUCUUCAUAUCUACAUAUAUAUGUAUAUGCAGUAUCUUUUAGGCAGUGGUAUCUAUACAUACAUGCAAUGAGUGUGCCUACUUCAUUGUGUGUAUCCAAACUCCUCUUUUUCACACACAUACAUAACCAUAGCACAAAAAUCUUGCUAACCAAGAUCAAGUACAGAAUGGCAGUAAUUUAGUACAUAAAGAGCAGAGCAAGAAUUAAAACAAGCAUCAUGUGACUGCAAAUGCAAUAACCACACAAGAGACAAAAGACACGACAUUCAUGACUAGUAAACAUUGCAUUGUUAUUGUUAUUUUAGCUUUGCCACAGGCAUGCAGUUUGUUGAAACAGAGAUGCAGAACUUUGCCAGCAAUGAUCCUCUUUUUAUAUCUUUUACCACAGACUUGCAUUUAAACUGGAUUUGGAGCAAGUAAAGAGAAUUUCCUGAAAACUUAGGGCUGACUGCCCUUCUCAUUUGGGGACAAAAAACAUAAAAGGGGACACACUACUUCCAACAGCUUGAUGACUCUCACCUGUGAGGUUAUCUUUCCUUCAGGCUUAGGAGUUUAAAAUUGACCAGGGCAGUGAAGUUUGGCAGGAGCACAGAAGGUCCCACAAAAACAUUAGUUUAAUGAGGUGUGUCCUGGGGAUUGGACCAUCCAUGCAUGUUGCCCUUGCUAUCCUGAGCACUCGAUGGCACACACUUACCGCAGGAUGAGACUUUGAGAGUCCAGGACUCAGUUUCCCUGCUCAGCAGCAAUAUUCUCCAGCAUCACUAUCAGUAUAACUGUUCUCUCUCUCACCAGGUGCCUCUCUCAGCCACAAGGUGAUUAUUUUGACCUCAUUUCUUGCCAUACAAUGUUAAGCAGGACAAUUCUGCCCUUAGUAACACGCCCAAAGGGAAAGAUAUAUGAGUGGCAUGUCAUAGAUGUGUCCUAUGUGGCCUCAUUUUAUCAGUUGGCCCACCUGUUAUACCGUGCAUCACACAUUUAUUGGUGAU